AAGUAUAAAUUACCAAUAAAGGAAUAAUCUUAAAUAAAAAUUCAAAGAUUUAAUUUAAAUAAGAAUAUAAAAUAGAUAAACUAAAAGCAAUUUGUGAAGAGAUAAGAAUUUUCUGCUUUAACCCAAAAUGGAGUCUUCUAACGAGAAUGGUGGUCCGGACUUGCGCUUUGAAUUUAUGGGAUCUUACGUGCAGAAGACGCUAAAGUUGAAACCAGAAAAAUGGCUUCGUGUCGUGACGGUGGAAGAGCACAAAGCAAUAAUAAAGGAGUUUCUCGAUCGACCAACUCCUGUCCACUUAGUUAUUCUUCUCACGCCAUCAGCACAAUUAAUUCCCUGCACAACAUUUCCCCUGACGCAGCUCAAGACGAAAGGGGUGUAUUUUAUAAAGAAGUACCCUCAGGAGGUACCACGGGAGAAUUGUCAGGAUAUGCUGAUUGUUGGGGAUUUGGCAACAAGGACCAUUGAUCAGCUUUCAACGCUUGUUGAUGAGAUUUUCGUGCCGCUCCUGUCGAAUCCUCAAAAUCACAAAGGAUGGCCCGAAAUGGUGGCACAGGAUGUUCAGAAGCACGUGCACAGUCUCAAGAGUACCGUGUAUCAGGUUAAGGGUCAAGUUAGCGGUCAAACUGUCCUCCCAAUGCCCGUCGGGGUUGAGAAGGUAAUAAAAGCAGCACAAGACAUUAAUGCUGACAAGGAGUGUGCCGUUGAUUUGUACCUAAAGAGUGCCAUUGAGGGAGUUGUAAUAAAGUGGGCAACACAAAUCAACGACGUAAUGAUUGAGAAUCCCAGCAAUGCCUUCAAUGGGGGUGCCAAUCCACCGCCAAACAUUGAAUUGAACUUCUGGAAUAGUCGCCUAAAGAAUUUAAAUUACAUUUACGAUCAACUACGGAAUGAAAGGGUGAGAUGUAUGGCAUUGAUUCUCGAGCAUACCGACAGUGCAUACUUCCCCUGCUUCAAGAAUCUCUUUAAGAAUGUAGUUACAGCCCUUGCUGAAGCCAAAGACAUUACACUCUACAUAAAUCCCCUGCAGAAGCAUUUCACGUCAAUUGAGGAAACGGAUUUUUCCGAAUCGAAAAUUCUUAUAAAGCCAAUGAUGCACGUGGUUUGUCUUCUGUGGGCCAAUUCACGCUACUAUUGCCACUCAUCGAAGCUCAUUGUGUUGCUAAAGCAAAUUUGCAAUUUGCUAAUUCAACAAGCUAAACGCUAUUUGGAUCCAUCGAGUAUCUUUCACACGGAUAUCGAUGAGGCAAUGCAGAGAAUUUCCUUCUCCAUUCAACUCCUGAAGCAUUUUCGGCAGGUCUUUGAUGAGUGUAAGGAAAAUCUUGCAUCCUACUUCACGGAUCGCCCUCCAAUUCACUGGACCUUCCAUCCAAAUGCCGUAUUUGAGCGCUUCAACGCUUUUCUCGAUCGUCUCAAUACAAUUCAAUGGUUCUUCUACACUGUGAUUGAAUUCCUGAAGUUAGAGAAAGUGGAAAUUGGUGGACUUAAAGGGCGGAAUUUAAGUGCCAGAAUUACAGCUGUCUCAGUGGAAUUCAAUCAUUGCUUCUCACAGUUCUCAGCUAAAACCUACGAUGUCCUGGACCCAGAUGAUCCGUCAUUUAAAGAGGACUUUGUCAAGUUUCAAGAGAGAAUCCUUGAACUUGAUCUCAAACUCGCAGCUAUUCUGUGUCAAGCAUUCGACGAUUGUCACAAUUUGGAGAGUGUCUUCAAGCUAAUCAACAUUGUUGGAAGCGUACUGGACAGGCCCAAGAUUAAGGAGGAAUUCACGAAUAAGUACUCGGAAAUACUCAAGAUGCUGGACGAGGAGAUUGGCAUGUGCGAAGACAUCUAUUUAAUGCAAAUGAACUACUUGGAGAAGGAAGGUCAUCUGUUUAUUGACCAAAGCUGCCCGCCAGUGACCGGCUGCUUGCGGUGGGUUAUGCAAUUGUCUGGCCGGGUGACACCGCCCGUUAAGAGCUUUCAGAUACUCCAACACCCCGUGACUAAAACACCCGAAGCUCUUGAACUUGUUAGACGCUACGAGCGACUUAUGGAGCUUCUAGUGCUGUUUGAGGACAAAGUGUUCAAUGAGUGGCGCGAGAAGGUGCCAGAGCAAAUUGAGAUAAAUCUCCAGAAAUCACUCAUGACGCGCAAUCAGUAUACAAAAUUGCUUUUAUUGAACUUUAGUCCCGAACUCUUUGCCAUUCUGAAGGAGGUGCACUACCUCAAACUUAUGGGCAAAGAGGGUAUCCCUGAGGUUGGGAUUCAAUUUUCAGAGAAGAGUGAAACCUACCGCAGCUACACACUUUCCCUCGAGAGAACCAUUGAUUGGUACAAUGAGAUCCUGGAAAAUUCAACAAAAGUUGAAUUGGAAUUAAUUGAAGAGGAAAUUCAAACCAUCGAUACGCUCCUUGAAGUUGGAAUUUCAGAAUUAACUUGGAAUUCAGAAGACAUAAUGGAUUAUUUAACAAAGUUACGAACUCCGGUUGAAUGCCUCCAGCAACGUAUGCAAAAUAUUCAGAAGAAUUUAGCAGAAAUGCGCCAAAUUAUGGGCGUGUGGUCCAGAUUGCCGCUCUUUGAACGUAAAGACGGCAAGAAGGACACUGUUCUUUGCCUCGAUGAAAGAUCUGACCGAAUUACAAGACGCUACAGUGAUAUUGAAGCUGCUUCUGUGAAGAUUCAGGAACUUCUUGCGGAAAAUGUUGAGCUAUUUGGUAUGCAGGAGAAGCAAAGCUCACCAAUUUGGCAAGAUUACGUCGUAUUCAUUGAUAAUAUUGUUUACGAGAACCUCCUACUGGCCGUUGGCGUCAGCAUGAGCUAUUUGUCCGACCACAUGGAUCCGGCGAAUAACUUUGCUCCACUCUUCGAAUCACGCCUCGAACUUCUCGAUCCGGAUUUAAUUUUUGUCCCAUCACUCGAUCCCAAUGAUCCCAAUGGGUUCAAUCACCUCCUUGCGGGUUUAAUUGUGGACAUUGUAAAGAUGUCCUCGCUGAUGGUGCGCAUCAAGCCGGACAGCACGGAUUCCUAUGAGAGGAUCAUUACGGAACAUCCGGAUAUAAUUGAGAUGAAAGAGGAAAUUCUCGAGGGGGUUGAGAAGGUUGUGCAGGAAGCUGCGGAAUUUUGUCGUGGCUUUGAACGGUACUCUUACCUGUGGUACGAUGAUCGUGUUCAAUGCAUGGAGCUCUUCCUGGAGUACGGAAGGAUUCUCGAUAUAGAUGAGAUUGAGUUGAUUGUGAUGAAAGAUCCAGCAGCUCCACAACCAUCUCAGCCCACAAUUGAAGCAUUCAGGGAGCAAAUUGACAAUUACGAAUCCCUCACGCAGGAAAUUGAGGACAUUGAACCAUUUCAGGUGUUCAAUUCCUGGUUCCAGGUUGAUGUGCGUCCCUUCAGGCAAGCUCUCAUCAAUACAGUCCGCAAAUGGGGCAACAUGUUCAAGGAACAUCUCGUGAAUCGUGUUACGACAAAUCUCACAGAUCUUGGGAAUUUUAUCCGGAAGGCCGAUGAAGGAUUGCUACAGCCCGUCAAGGAGGGAGAUUACGAUGGAUUGGUUAAUAUUAUGGCGUACCUGUUGCACGUGAAGGAACGCGGGGCAACAACGGAUGAUAUGUUUGAACCAAUGCAGGAGACAAUUGAAUUGCUAAAGUACUACGAUAUGGAUAUUCCGGAAGAGGUGAAUGUCUUGCUGCAGGAGCUACCUGAACAGUGGGCCAACACCAAGAAAAUUGCUCUGACGGUUAAACAGCAGGUGGCACCAUUGCAGGCUGCCGAAGUUGUGGGAAUUCGCAAUAGGAUUCAAAACUUCGAUCAGCACGUUACCUUCUUCCGGGAUGUUUUCCGUAAUUACGACUUCUUCAGGUAUGAGUGUGAGCAUCCCUAUGGGCUAGCGGAUCGUAUAAAUGGAGACAUUCUCCGUCUUGAGAAUGAGAUGAAGGAUAUUCAGGGAUCAGGGAGCUUGUUUGAGGUGAAUGUGCCGGAAUUUAAACCACUCCGACAGUGCAGGAAGGAGCUGAGGAUGCUAAAGCAACUCUGGGAUUAUGUCUUCAUCGUAAGAACGAGCAUUGAGGACUGGAAGACGACUCCCUGGAGGAAAGUUGAUGUUGAAAAUAUGGAUAUUGAGUGCAAGAAGUUUGCAAAGGAUAUUCGUCUUCUGGACAAGGAAAUGCGCUCGUGGGAUACAUACGUGACCCUUGAGGCAACUGUGAAGAAUAUGCUGACUUCCCUACGUGCAGUUGGUGAACUCCAGAAUCCAGCCAUCCGGGAGAGGCACUGGAAUCAACUAAUGGCCUCCACAAAGCAUUUGUCGAGUCUUCCCAAAGAGAUUACCGUGCAAUUUAUAAUGGAUCACGAUACAACCCUUUCGGAUUUACUUGCUCUGAACCUCCAUCAAUGCGAGGAUGAGGUGAAGACAAUCGUGGACAAGGCCGUGAAGGAGAUGUCCAUGGAGAAGAUCCUUCGUGAUCUCAAUACAACGUGGUCCGCCAUGGAGUUUGAUCAUGAAAUCCACGGACGGACUGGGUGCAAUCUCUUGAAGGCUUCGGAGGAACUAAUUGAGACUCUGGAAGACAACCAGGUUGUUCUGCAGAAUCUCAUUACGUCCAAAUUCAUUGCCCACUUCCUCGAGGAAGUUUCCGCCUGGCAGAAGAAGCUCAUGAUUGCCGAUCAAGUGAUCACUGUGUGGUUUGAGGUGCAACGCACCUGGACGCAUCUUGAGAGUAUUUUUAUGAGUUCCGAGGAUAUCCGGAAGCAAUUGCCCGUGGAUUCGGAACGUUUCGAUCGGAUUGAUGCGGAAUUCAAGAUUCUCAUGAAGGAGAUGUCGGUGACGUCAAAUGUGAUCGCUUCGACGAAUCGUGAUGGGCUGUGUCAGCGUCUCGAGGCGCUGCAGCAGGAGUUGACGCUGUGCGAGAAAGCCCUGGCUGAGUAUCUGGAGACAAAGCGUCUUGCUUUUCCGCGCUUCUACUUUGUUUCAUCGGCAGAUCUCUUGGAUAUUCUCAGCAAUGGCACAGAGCCGGAUUUGGUGGUGAAGCACCUCACGAAGCUCUUUGAUUCCAUUGCAAAGCUCAACUUUGUCAAGGAUCCAACCAAUAAGACGCAAAAGGCACUGGGAAUGGUGGCUAAGGAUAGUGAAUACGUGGAAUUCAAUGAGGAGGCAGAUUGCUCAGGAGCUGUGGAAGUUUGGCUAAAUCGCAUUCAGGAUUGCAUGCGGAAGUCCCUCUGCCAUUACAUUGCUGAAGCUGUUGUGGCGUAUGAGGAGAAGCAACGAGAGCACUGGUUGUUUGACUAUCCAGCUCAGGUGUCACUCUGUGGCACACAGAUUUGGUGGACAACUGAAGUGAAUAUUGCCUUUGGGCGCCUCGAGGAGGGCUACGAUAAUGCCAUCAAGGAUUACCACAAGAAGCAAGUUUCGCAGCUGAGUGUCCUCAUUUCCCUCCUUCUUGGGGAAUUGAGUAAAGGCGAUAGGCAGAAAAUUAUGACAAUUUGCACCAUUGAUGUACAUUCGAGGGAUGUGGUCAGUAAACUAAUUCAGUCUAAAGUUGAGAGUGCUUCAGCCUUUCAGUGGCAGUCACAGCUGAGGCACAGGUGGGACGACAAGGAGUACGACUGCUUUGCAAACAUCUGCGACGCCCAAUUCCGCUACAGUCACGAAUAUUUAGGCAACACCCCCAGGCUGGUCAUCACUCCCCUCACAGAUCGUUGCUACAUCACCCUCACGCAAUCUCUGCAUCUCGUCAUGGGUGGGGGGCCAGCAGGACCAGCAGGAACGGGUAAAACGGAGACAACGAAGGAUCUGGGACGCGCUCUGGGUAUCAUGGUGUACGUCUUCAAUUGUUCCGAGCAAAUGGACUACAAAUCCUGUGGGAACAUCUACAAGGGCCUGGCGCAAACGGGUGCCUGGGGGUGCUUCGAUGAAUUCAAUCGUAUCUCCGUUGAGGUACUCUCCGUUGUGGCGGUACAAGUUAAAUCCGUCCAGGAUGCAAUUCGCGAUAAGAAGUCUCGUUUUAACUUUAUGGGAGAGCAAAUUGCGUGUGUACCAACUGUUGGGAUAUUCAUCACAAUGAAUCCCGGCUAUGCAGGACGAACGGAACUUCCGGAGAAUCUUAAGGCUCUUUUCCGCCCAUGCGCUAUGGUUGUUCCGGACUUUGAGCUGAUUUGUGAAAUUAUGUUGGUUGCCGAAGGAUUCCAGGAAGCCAGAGUCCUUGCGAGGAAGUUCAUCACUCUCUACACGCUCUGCAAGGAACUUCUUUCGAAGCAAGAUCACUACGAUUGGGGAUUGCGUGCUAUUAAAUCAGUGCUCGUUGUGGCGGGAUCUCUGAAACGCGGAGAUCCGGGACGUCCGGAGGAGGAGGUCCUCAUGCGGGCACUAAGGGACUUCAACAUCCCGAAAAUUGUUACAGACGACAUGCCGGUUUUUAUGGGAUUAAUUGGGGAUCUCUUCCCGGCACUGGAUGUGCCGCGGAAGCGUGAUCAGGACUUUGAGAAGACCGUGAAGCAAGCUGCUUUGGAUCUAUCGCUACAGCCUGAGGAUAAUUUUAUCCUGAAGGUUGUGCAGCUGGAGGAAUUGCUGGAAGUGCGUCAUUCAGUAUUCAUUGUGGGAAACGCCGGGACGGGAAAGACGCAGGUGUGGAAGACACUGUUCCGCACGUAUGUGAAUUGCAAGAGGAAGCCACUUUUUAAUGAUUUGAACCCGAAGGCAGUGACGAAUGAUGAGCUGUUUGGAAUUAUAAAUCCAGCAACGCGAGAAUGGAAAGAUGGAUUAUUUUCGGUGAUAAUGCGCGAGCAGGCGAAUCUCAGUGGGGAUAACCCAAAGUGGAUUGUCCUGGAUGGGGAUAUUGAUCCCAUGUGGAUUGAAAGCUUGAACACCGUGAUGGAUGACAAUAAAGUCCUCACGCUGGCGAGUAAUGAACGUAUUGCCCUAACGCCGACCAUGCGACUGUUGUUUGAAAUCUCGAAUUUGAGAACUGCCACACCGGCGACUGUUUCUCGUGCUGGGAUCCUUUAUAUCAAUCCCCAGGAUCUGGGAUGGAAUCCCUACGUCACCAGCUGGAUUGAAACCCGAAAGGUCCCAGCCGAGAAGUCAAAUCUCGUGAUUCUCUUCGACAAGUACAUACCACCAUGUUUGGACAAUAUUCGUUCGCGCUUCAAGAAGAUCACGCCCAUUGCGGAAAUGGCGCACGUUCAGAUGCUCUGUCACCUCCUGGAUUGCCUGUUGACACCGCAAAAUACCCCAGCUGAUUGCCCAAAGGAAUGGCAUGAUUUGUACUUUGUCUUUGCCUGCGUUUGGGCAUUUGGGUCGUCAAUGUUUCAAGAUCAGGCGAUUGACUAUAGGAUUGAGUUCAGCAAGUGGUGGGUGAAUGAGUUUAAAUCGGUUAAAUUCCCCCAGGGUGGCACAGUCUUUGACUACUACAUCGACACGGAAACCAAACAGUUCACCCUGUGGACGGAGAGGGUGACCAAAUUUGAACUUGACUCAGAUCUUCCCCUUCAGGCGGUUCUUGUGCAUACAUCUGAAUCCAUCCGGAUACGUUUCUUCUUGGAUCUUCUGAUGGCAAAGAAGCAUCCUGUGAUGCUUGUCGGAGCAGCAGGAUGCGGCAAGACGGUGUUGGUCAAUGAGAAACUUUCAACACUAUCGGAAAAUUAUGCCGUCACUAAUGUUCCUUUCAACUUCUACACAACAUCCGAAAUGCUCCAGAAGAUCCUCGAGAAGCCGCUUGAGAAGAAGGCGGGAAGGAACUACGGGCCACCUGGGAAUAAGACUCUAAUCUACUUUGUGGAUGAUAUGAAUAUGCCGGAGGUGGAUUGUUAUGGAACCGUUCAACCGCAUACGCUAAUAAGGCAGCAUCUGGACUAUGGGCAUUGGUAUGAUCGGAGCAAACUCACAAUUAAGGAUAUCCACAAUUGUCAAUACAUUUCAUGCAUGAACCCCACAUCCGGGAGCUUCACGAUCAAUCCACGCCUUCAGCGGCAUUUCUGCGUGUUUGCCGUGAGUUUCCCCAGCAAUGAUUCCCUGACAACGAUCUAUCUAUCCAUUCUCAAUCAACAUUUCGCCAAUGCUGAGCAAAAAUUCAAUGUUUGCGUGACAAAGAUCGCUCCGAAUAUUGUUUCGGCUUCCCUGGCGCUCCAUGCGAAAGUGUCGCAGGUCUUCCUACCCACGGCCAUAAAAUUCCACUACAUCUUCAACUUGAGGGAUCUCAGCAAUAUGUUUCAAGGAUUGCUGUUCAGCACCAACGAUUGUCUGGGCAGUGCCACAGAUAUGAUACGACUGUGGCUCCAUGAGACCCAUCGGGUCUAUGGGGAUAAGCUCACCGACGACAAGGACAUUGAUAGCUUCACGAAGAUGCAAACGGACAUUGUGAAGAAGUCCUUUGAGGAGCUCGAUGAGAGUAUUGUGUUCGAUAAGCCAAAUAUCUUUUGCCACUUUGCCGGAGGGAUUGGGGAGCCAAAGUACAUGCAAAUCCCCGAUUGGGGAUACCUAACGAAGCUUCUGCAGGAAGCAAUGGUCUCCUAUAACGAUCUCGUGGCUGCCAUGAGCCUGGUGCUUUUUGAAGACGCCAUGAUGCACGUAUGCCGAAUUAAUCGCAUCUUGGAGUCUCCACGUGGAAGUGCUUUGCUCGUGGGAGUCGGUGGGAGCGGAAAACAAUCCCUCUCUCGUCUGGCAGCCUUCAUAUCGAGCUUGGAAGUGGCACAGAUUCAGCUGAAGAAGGGCUACGGGGUGCUGGAUCUCAAGAAUGAACUCUCAGGGCUCUAUUUGAAGUCCGGAAUGAAAAAUGUCGGCAUUAUGUUCCUCAUGACGGACGCCCAGGUGCCCAAUGAGCAAUUUCUCGUCCUAAUCAACGAUAUGCUGGCAUCCGGAGAGAUUCCCGACCUCUUUCCCGAUGAUGAAGUUGAAAAUAUCAUUUCCGGCGUGAGGAAUGAGGUGAAAGGCGCUGGAAUUGUGGAUUCCCGUGAGAAUUGCUGGAAAUUCUUCAUUGAUCGCGUAAGGCGGCAACUCAAGGUGGUGCUCUGCUUCUCUCCUGUUGGUUCAACACUCCGUGUGCGUUCCCGGAAAUUCCCAUCCUUUAUCAACUGUACCUCCAUCAAUUGGUUCCAUGAGUGGCCUCAGGAGGCUCUUGUCUCUGUCUCAAUGCGUUUCCUGCAGGAGCUGAGUGUCCUCCCGGAGACGUUUAUGGAUUCGGUGGCACGCUUCAUGUCCUACGUCCACACAUCCGUGAACACAACAUCCAAGAUUUAUCUGCAGAAUGAGAGGAGAUACAACUACACCACCCCGAAAUCCUAUCUCGAACAAAUCAGCCUCUACUCCAAACUCCUAAAGCAGAAGCACGCCGAGUUGCAGAGUAAGAUUGAGCGCCUGGAGAAUGGUUUGGAGAAGCUGCGGAAUACGGCGGCACAAGUGGCGGAUUUGAAGCUGAAGCUGGCUGUGCAGGAAAUUGAGCUGAAGGAGAAGAAUGAGGCAGCAGAUGCCCUGAUUGAAAUCGUUGGUGUUGAAACGGAAAAAGUCCAAAUUGAGAAGCAAAUCGCUGACGAGGAGGAGAUGAAAGUGGCCAUAAUUGCGGAAGAAGUCACGAAGAAGCAAAAAGAUUGCGAAGAAGAUUUACUGAAAGCCGAACCGGCUCUCAUUGCGGCCCAAGAGGCGCUUAAUACACUCAAUAAGGCCAAUUUGACGGAACUUAAAUCCUUCGGAUCCCCACCAGGAGCUGUGACCAAUGUCACGGCGGCCGUGAUGGUUCUACUAGCGCCCAAUGGGAAGAUCCCAAAAGAUCGGAGCUGGAAGUCGGCUAAGUUGACAAUGGCCAAGGUGGAUGCAUUCCUGGAUGCACUCAUUAACUACGACAAGGAGAAUAUUCAUCCGGAAAUCAUUAAAUCCAUCCAGCCAUACCUGAAGGAUGCUGAAUUCGAGCCGGAAUUUGUACGAUCGAAAUCAGCAGCAGCUGCAGGACUCUGUGCCUGGGUCAUCAACAUCAUCAAAUUCUACGAAGUUUACUGCGACGUGGAGCCCAAGAGGAAGGCUCUUGCACAAGCUAAUGCUGAGCUGGCAGCUGCUCAGGAGAAAUUGGCCAUAAUCAAGAAGAAAGUUGCGUCCUUGGAGGAACAACUGGCUAAGCUGACGGCUGACUUUGAGCGUGCCACAGCUGAGAAACUUCGCUGCCAGCAGGAAGCUGAUGCAACACAGGCAACCAUUCAACUUGCCAAUCGUCUCGUUGGUGGCUUGGCUAGUGAAAAUGUUCGCUGGGCCGAAGCAGUUGCGGAAUUUAUGGCUCAGGGAACAACUCUCCCAGGAGAUACGCUCCUCAUAACAGCCUUCAUCUCCUACGUGGGAUGCUUUACGAAGCAAUUCCGGUUGGAUUUGAUGAAUAAAAUGUGGCUGCCCUACUUGAGGGCUCUCGAACCUCCAAUUCCCAUCACUGAGGGCCUGGAUUGCCUCACCUUGCUCACGGAUGACACAAUUGUGGCAAUUUGGCAAAAUGAGGGGCUUCCGAGUGAUCGGAUGUCCAUUGAAAAUGCCACAAUUCUCUCAAAUUCCGACCGUUGGCCCCUCAUGAUUGAUCCCCAGUUGCAGGGAGUGAAGUGGAUUAAGCAGAAGUACGGAGAAGCACUGAAAGUUAUCCGGAUCGGGCAGAAAGGCUAUUUGGACAUUAUUGAGAAAGCCCUGGCUAAGGGACACACGGUGCUCAUUGAGAAUAUUGGGGAGAAUCUCGAUCCAGUGCUGGAUCCCCUCCUUGGGAGGAAUCUUAUCAAGAAGGGCCAGGCAAUAAAGAUUGGGGAUAAAGAGGUGGAAUAUAAUUCCAAUUUCCGCCUCAUUUUGCACACAAAACUCGCAAAUCCUCACUACAAGCCUGAGAUGCAGGCUCAAACGACGUUGAUUAACUUUACAGUCACCCGAGAUGGCUUGGAGGAUCAACUUCUGGCGGAAGUCGUUAAAGCUGAGCGUCCGGAUUUGGAGGAAUUGAAAGCAGAACUAACAAAGCAACAGAAUGAUUUUAAAAUUAUGCUAAAACGCCUGGAGGAUGAUCUCCUGUCGCGAUUAUCUUCAGCAGGAGGGAAUUUACUGGGAGAUACGGCUCUAGUGGAGAAUCUGGAGACAACAAAGAGAACAGCUGCGGAGAUUGAGGAGAAAGUUUCCGAGGCAAAGAUAACAUCACAGGAAAUUGAUAAUGCUCGUGAACAUUACCGUCCAGCAGCUGCCCGGGCGAGUUUACUCUACUUCAUCCUCAAUGAUCUCAACACAAUCAAUCCAAUCUACCAGUUCUCUCUUAAGGCAUUCAGCGUGGUGUUCCAGAAAGCCAUUUCCCGGGCAGAUCCAUCGGAUAUGGUGGAUUUGCGUGUGAAGAAUCUCAUUGAUUGCAUUUCCUAUUCGGUCUUCCAGUACACAAGCAGGGGGCUCUUUGAGUGUGAUAAGCUCAUCUUUGCCUCCCAGAUGGCCUUCCAGAUUCUCCUGAUGAGUGAAGAAAUCUCCCCCAUGGAGCUGGACUUCCUUCUGCGCUUCCCUAUUAAACCACACGUAACGAGCCCCGUGGAUUUCCUCUCCAAUUCCUCAUGGGGAGGGAUUUGCAGCCUUGCAUCAAAAGAUGAGUUCCGGAAUCUCGAUAGAGACAUUGAAACAUCGUCAAAGAGGUGGAAGAAGUUUGUGGAAUCUGAAUGUCCGGAAAAAGAGAAAUUCCCCCAGGAGUGGAAGAAUAAAACAGCCCUCCAGAGACUUUGUAUGAUGAGAGCUUUGCGUCCGGAUAGGAUGACCUAUGCUGUGGCGGAUUUCAUAGAAGAAAAACUCGGGCCGAAGUAUGUGGAGAAUCGAACGAUGGAAUUUGCAAAAUCCUUCGAGGAAACCAGCCCAUCAACCCCAAUCUUCUUCAUCCUUUCCCCCGGUGUGAAUCCCCUGAAAGACGUUGAAACCUUGGGGCGACAGCUGGGCUAUACAACGGACAAAGGGAACUUCCACAAUGUUUCCCUUGGGCAGGGUCAGGAAGUUGUGGCGGAAGCAGCAAUGGAUGAAGCAGCACGCAAUGGACACUGGGUUGUGCUGCAGAAUAUUCAUUUGGUCAAGAAGUGGCUGCCGGCUCUGGAGAAGAAGUUGGAGCACUACUCGGAAGGAUCACAUGAGGAGUACAGGGUGUUUAUGAGUGCAGAACCGGCAGCCACAGCCUCAGCACAUAUAAUCCCUCAAGGUAUCCUCGAGUCCUCCAUAAAGAUCACCAACGAACCCCCAACUGGGAUGAUGGCUAAUCUUCACAAGGCGCUGGACAACUUUACGCAGGAAACGCUGGAGAUGUGUGGGAAGGAGGCGGAAUUCAAAGUAAUCCUCUUUGCCCUGUGCUACUUUCACGCUGUUGUGGCACAGAGAAGGAAGUUUGGACCAGCAGGAUGGAAUAAGAUUUAUCCCUUCAACGUUGGUGAUCUCAACAUCAGCGUGAGCGUGCUGUACAAUUACUUGGAGGCUAACUCGAAGGUCCCCUGGGAGGAUUUGAGGUAUCUCUUUGGUGAAAUAAUGUACGGUGGUCACAUUACGGAUGAUUGGGAUAGGCGUCUGUGCAUUACGUACCUGGAGGAGUACAUGCAACCCGACCUGGUGGACGGUGAGCUGUUCCUCGCACCGGGAUUCCCAGCACCACCAAAUACCGACUAUUCCGGCUACCACAACUACAUUGAUGAGACAAUGCCGCCAGAAUCGCCCUACUUGUAUGGAUUGCAUCCAAACGCCGAAAUUGGUUUCCUCACCACAACCUCGGAGAAUCUCUUCAGGACGGUUUUUGAGAUGCAACCACGAGAUGCGGGCGCUUCUGGUGGGACAACGGUGACGCGGGAGGAUAAAGUUAAGCAGAUCUUGGAUGAGAUUAUGGAGAAACUCCCCGAGGAAUUCAACAUGACGGAGAUUAUGGGGAAAGUGGAGGAGAGGACGCCCUAUGUGAUUGUUGCAUUCCAGGAAUGCGAAAGGAUGAAUUAUCUCACAAAUGAGAUUAAGAGGAGUCUCAAGGAGUUGGAUUUGGGCCUUAAGGGCGAACUGACCAUCACAUCGGACAUGGAGGAGUUGGAGAAUGCCCUGUUUCUCGAUCAAGUACCCGUAAUAUGGGCAAGUAGAGCCUACCCAUCCCUCCUGGGCUUGACAUCGUGGUUCGUGGAUCUUCUGCUGCGUCUCCGUGAAUUGGAGACGUGGUCAACUGAUUUCGUGUUGCCAGCAUGCGUAUGGCUUGCUGGUUUCUUCAAUCCACAGAGUCUCCUCACGGCAAUUAUGCAGAGUACGGCACGUAAGAAUGAAUUGCCACUUGAUAAAAUGUGUUUAGUAUGUGAUGUUACGAAGAAGCAAAAGGAAGAUUUCACAACUGCACCACGAGAAGGUGCCUACGUGCACGGGAUCUUCAUGGAGGGUGCCCGAUGGGAUGUGCAGCAGGGAAUAAUUAUGGAGUCGCGCCUCAAGGAGCUCCAUCCCCCUAUGCCUGUUAUCAAUAUCCGGGCAAUCACGCAGGAUAAGCAGGAUCUGAGGAAUAUGUACGAGUGCCCCGUGUACAAGACACGCACACGCGGACCCACCUACGUGUGGACGUUCAAUCUAAAGACGAAAGAUAAGCCAGCAAAAUGGACUUUAGCUGGCGUUGCACUCCUUCUUCAAGUCUAAAUUAGUCUCAUGGCGCACCGGGAAUCUUGGUGGCGCCAAGACCCGUCAAUCCGUCGCAAACCUAUUAGAAUUUAAUUACACACAGACUUCACCGCACCACAAGAGAGCUCUUUAAGCCAUUCCGUGUAGGUUCAUUCAAAAUAAUUACUAUCUAUUGACACCUCUGAGCAAGCAAAAAAAAUCCCCAGAAGAGAAAAAAAACAUCUUAAUCACUUUUCAAUAUUAUUUAUUGUUUGUGAAUUGAAUAGCUCUCUUGUGGUUUUUUUUUUAUUUUGCACACUUCCAACAACAUAAUUGUUAAUGAAUUUAAAUAAUUUGUAGUAGAAGAAUAUUGUUGUGUUAUUUUGUGAUCCAAUACAAGAUGUUUUCUUUGAGAAUCUGUUUAAAGAAAAAGAGGUGUCUGAUUUCAAGUAAAGAGCAACGCGCAGGAAUUUUUUUUUUUCAUAUUAAAUUCAUUUGAUGAUACAGAAAAAAA